AUGAAACGCCUUGGUGCUCAAAAAAUCUUUUGCUUGUUUUAUAUCGGGAAUGUCUUUGAGCAGUGCGCAAGCCAGAUCAAGAUUCUUCUUCUCAACCAUUUCGUCAAGGCGAAGGAUUGGACGUUGUCGCCAUCACCCAUAAAAGCUCAGGGUAGCAAAGAAUAG